UUUAAAUUGGUUAUGAAGUCAGUACAUUUUGUAAAGCCGUCUGCAGGUGAAAUUUAUAUUUGGGAUAUAUAAAAUCGGAACGCGUCAAGAGAGAGCGCUGCACGCGGCUGCUAUUUUGGAGGAAGAGGAGUAACGACUAUGCACAGUACAUCAUCAUAAAUUUGCGAGUAUUUACAGGGGACAACCUUGCCUCUCGAAAAAUUCUGUUCCAAGGGGAAAAAUAAGCCUUUGAUUGUGAAGAAGUUCAAGUGGACGGAUCAAAAACUCCCAAGAAAGAGAAAGAGACCAGAUAUCCAGUCGCUACUAUAAAGAAGCCAGAUUUGGGAUGAAAAUGUAUUUUUAAGGAUUUUAAGAGGCAAACCAUUGACCGAAUUUGUCAACGGACCUCAGCAGUUCCGAAGUUUUCCAAGGUUCUCUGGCGCCCCCUGUCUGACCCUCACGUCUCACAGCUAUGAAGAGGCCUCAAACGCCCUGGGCACUGCUACUGCUGCUACUGCUGCUGGUCACUGAAGAGUGUGUCUGUGAGGAGGCGGGGCCUAUCAUGGUGUCCGAGGUGCAGCCCACGACCCCCGUGUCCAGCGCUGUUCUCAGGACGAGCCGUGGCCAGAUCCUCUCAGCGCAGUUCGAGUGCUAUCUGAAGAUCAUCACUGACCCGCCUCGCUCAGAUGGAGGCCCCUUCUGUAACCGCACCUGGGAUGGCUGGCUGUGCUGGGGGGACUCUUCUCCCGGCACAGCAAUGCAGCUCUGUCCUGAGUACUUCCAGGACUUCGACCCUGCUGAAAAGGUGACCAAAGUUUGUAACCCAGAUGGCCUUUGGUUCCGUCACCCAGAGAGCAACCGCACCUGGUCCAACUACACACAGUGCACUGCGUAUACCAAGGACAAGCUUAAGUUGGCUUAUAGUCUGUACUACCUGGCCAUUGUGGGGCAUGGCCUGUCAGUGGUCUCCCUGCUCAUCUCCCUCUGCAUCUUCUCCUACUUCAAGAGCCUGAGCUGUCAGAGGAUUUCCCUCCACAAGAACAUGUUCCUCUCCUUCAUCCUCAACUCCAUCUGCACCGUCAUGUGGCUCUCCACCGUGGUCAGCGACCAGCAGCUGGUGGCGAGCGACUGGAUCGGAUGCAAGGUGCUCUCCAUUCUGACCCUGUACACCUUUGGCUCCAACUACUUCUGGAUGCUGUGUGAGGGCAUAUACCUGCACACCCUCAUCAUCGUGGCCGUGUUCGUGGGGGAGCAGCAUUUGGGAUGGUACUAUGUCCUGGGCUGGGGGUUCCCCCUGGUCCCUGCUAUCACCCACGCUGUGGCCCGAUGGCUCUUCUACAACGACAGGUGCUGGAUCAGCUCAGACACUCACCUGCUCUACAUCAUCCAUGGCCCCAUCCACGCUGCCCUGCUGGUGAACCUUUUCUUCCUCCUCAACAUCAUGCGCGUCCUGAUCACCAAGCUGAAGCUCACCCACACCGCCGAGUCCAACGUUUACAUGAAGGCCGUGCGGGCCACCCUCAUCCUGGUCCCGCUGCUGGGCAUCCAGUUCGUCCUGGUGCCCUGGAGGCCCGAGGGCCGGCUGGCCCGCGCCGUCUACGAGUUCGUCAUGCACAUCUUCAGCCACUUCCAGGGUUUUCUAGUAGCAGUCAUCUUCUGUUUCUGCAAUGGGGAGGUGCAGGCAGCGCUGAAGAGGCACUGGAAGCAGAACAGGGCCCGGUGCAGUGGUCUGCUGGUGACCAACGACUCCCACUCCAAUGUCCACACCAACACCUCCGUCACCGAAAUGAGCCGGGCCAUCGUGAGCCUGGAGCCGAGCCUCCCCGACGGUGACGUCAAGAAAGCCCAGCCCCCUGCCGGACCCGGGACCAAGCAGGCCAACGGACAGAGGAACGGCCAGUACUUCUCCAACGGAGAGGGAUGCGCACUGAAGACCCUGGAGUCCACUGUCAUCUGAGCUGCACAUAGCACUCACUCAGAUGCAUACACACACAUACACACAUACACAUAUACACACACAGAGACGCACUCACACCCACAUGCACACACAUGCAUACAUCACAGCCAAAAGCAGGAAAGAGUAAAGAAGUUUGGACAACGCAAGCAGCCGUGAAUCAGAAUGAAUCAGCGAUUCCAGCAACAUGCUUACCUAUCCAAAGCUGUAGCCAGGCGUGUAAAUGCCACACCGCAUUUGCUCAUGAACAUGCAUGCUCUUGCACUCAGAAACACAAACUCUCAUUCCUCUGUGGGCAAAUGAGCAGCAGGCAUGGAUUUGCAAGACCACAUCGCUGGGCCAUCAUGCCAGAGUUUUAUGUUUCAUGUUUCAUUGUUUGAAUAUGCCAAAUGCCAGACCCACUAAAAAAACACACACACACAAGCAAGAUAUAUUUCCCUCAAUCUCUGGAGACCUCUCUUGGUCAAUGACAGAGUUAUUCAGAAUGGAGUGUUGAAAAUAGCACCCCAGCCUUAGUGUGAAACGGGACACCAGGGUGGAUAAGGGGGAUGAAGCUUCCUGUUUGGACAGGAACUAAGCCCUAGAGGAACAUCCAGGCUUAUCCAGAGGAGGCUGCUUUGAGUCUGAGUCUACGCCCGCUGGAGGAAUAGUACAUACUGAUAUUUUUCUUUAAUGCACUGUAUAUAUUCAUGGAUGUUUCUGCUGUAAAUACAUAAGCUUGUACAACGCCAUACUCAUUCCAGGCACAUAUUUCUACACUUUAAACUUUUAGACCGUGACAGUCACUCACAGGGAAUAUGUCUUUGCACUGAGCUUGGCCUUCUCCGUGACGUUCAUAGCACACACACCACACACACAAAUAUGCCUUCAUUUCUGCGUGUGUAAUUGUUGCUUUCGUGGGUCACAACUGAAGUAUUAUUAAUGAAGUAUUUGGAGCACUAAUUCUGCCCUCACACAGCUGACAGAAUAGGAAAGAGACAGUAUAAAUAAAAAUUUUUACCUGAAGAAAAGUGAGCUCCAGAACAAUGACAAGUACAAAUACAAAAACUACAGGCAAAUUAAGUUGGAAGCAGGUAUUCCAAUGCCUGAAAAAUGUUUAAUUGUCAGAAUUGCAGGUAGCCAGCCCUACAAUGAUUCCGUUGAUUAAAAAGGAAUAUGCAUCAAAGUUUGAACAAAGCUAUGAAAUAUAAAUGCCCGUAUAGCACUUCAGACCCAGCUGUUCCAGAUGUGUUAAGAUGCAGGCAGACAGAAUGAACAAACGUCUAACUUCUCUGUGUAAGCCAUCUGUUCAAACAAUGUGCUUUGUCCUCAGUUCUGAGCGAAGUUGUGAAACUCUUAUUAUGUCUAAUGAGUACCAGUACCACAACUGACAACAUUGUGUAAGAAAUUAGAAAAGUUAUUCUUGCCGAUAUGUAUUACUCAGUGUAACAAAUUAGUUUGAUUUAAUGCUGGACUGAGUUGCAGAUAGUAUGUGAAUGCAGACUUCUAAAUAGAUCUCAACAGAACAGGGUAAUGGCAGUGACCUUUUAAAGCUGGGGAUAUUGCACCUUAGAUGACAUUCUGUUCAGGUGUUGACAUGAAAAAAGACAGGGAAUCAUUGGGAAGCAUCACUUUUGGUUUUGUCCUUGUUCAGUUUGUGUGAGGUAUUGUGGCUCAAAUUGUUUAGUGUUACUUGGCUUUACUUGGCUUACAUCAAUACCUAGGAUGAUGCCAGACCUAUUUUUAAAGUGUUUUACUGACUUAUAGAGAAUAAUUGCUACAUUGUAUAUGUGAUUAACUUGGCACAUUUUGAAACUGAAAGCAUUUUGUUUCUACUGAUACAAUGUCUUCGAUUGGUCUUCUGUCUGUGACGUUCAAUGUGGUAAGUACGGGUAACUAGAAAGCUGGGUGAUGUCAGGACAGGAGGUGUCUCUCAGUAGUGGAAAUGUACAGAGGAGAGUAUGGCUUGCUUUUGAAAAAAAAAAUACUUAUGAUAAAAAGAGAACAAAGCUACGAUUGGAUGGAUGUGCUGGACUUUGGUGAGAAACCAUGUAAACAUCAGAAGGAAAAGGGGAAAUAGAAAAAGAACUCAACCUAUAGAAGUAUUUGGCCUCAAUUCAAUACAGCUGCAGAUGGGCUUUGCCCUGAAGCCUUUGUCUUCAACUUUGUCAAAUUCAGACAUUGAAAUAAAUUGGUUAGUACACAUUAAAGUGUACACAUUCAAGCGACCUCUGAAAUAAACCAAAAAUGUUGUGUAAGAAACAGAAAAAACCACUUACUGAAAUGUGUUACUGAAAGUUUAGGGCAAAGCAGAUUGCACUUAUGUUGAAUCUAGGCUCAAAUUCAUAUAGGCGAGGAAGACCCUAAAGGACUAAUGGCAGCAAAAAUUUCUGAACAAAUUAUGAACAUUCCACUUUGGCUGCCAAUGGA